AUGGUGAACAUAGUGGAAAAGAUUGAAGAGAUUCAGGCCGAAAUGGCCAGAACUCAAAAAAAUAAGGCCACUGAGUAUCACCUUGGUCUUUUGAAAGGAAAAUUGGCCAAAUACCGGCGAAUGUUGCUGGAACCUGACCCAGGAAGUGGAGGAUCUAAAGGUUUUGGUUUUGAGGUGGCAAAACGCGGAGAUGCACGGGUUUGUCUUAUUGGUUAUCCAUCUGUUGGUAAAUCAUCGUUUUUGUCGCAGGUUACGAAGACCAAGAGUGAAACUGCAGCGUAUGAAUUCACCACGUUAACCUGUGUUCCUGGCGUUCUGAAUUAUGAAGGAGCUGAUAUUCAAAUAGUGGAUUUGCCCGGAAUUAUCAAGGGUGCUGCGGAAGGAAAAGGACGUGGAAGACAAGUUGUUGCAACGGCUAAGACGGCGGAUAUGAUUCUUAUGAUUUUAGAUGCGACGAAAUUCUCCCAGCAGAGGCAGAAUUUGGAGAAAGAACUUGAGGCAAUAGGAAUCCGUUUGAACAAAAAAAAGCCUAAUAUGAGCAUUAAAGUUACGAAGUCUGGGGGAAUAAAAGUGAAUUCAUUGACUACUUUAAAAUACUUGGACACUAGAAUGAUUUCCAAUAUAUUGAAGGAUUACAAAAUUCACAAUGCCGAUGUAAUGAUUCGUGAUGAUCUGGUAACCGUUGAUGAUUUUGUUGAUAUUAUAAACGAAAAGACGAUUGUAUACAUGCCAUGCCUAUAUGUGUACAACAAAGUUGAUGCAGUUUCUCUUGAAGAAGUAGAUAGAAUCGCAAGAGAGCCCAAUACUGUCGUUAUGUCCUGUGAAAUGUCGCUCGGAAUUAAUGACGUGGUCGAAGAGAUUUGGUACAGACUAAACCUAGCACGGCUUUAUACAAAACGCAGGGGACAACCUCCUGACUUCAGUGAUCCAAUGGUUGUAAGAGCAAAUUCCACCAUCGAAGAUGUGUGUGACUCUAUUCACCGAGACUUUAAAGACCAAUUUAAGUAUGCAUUGGUAUGGGGAUCCUCCUCUAAAUUUGGCAUUGCACCCCAAAAAUGUGGAUUAAGCCACGUUGUUCAUGACCAAGACGUUGUCUGUAUUGUUGUGAAAUAA